AUGUCUACCGCGUGGAUCAACUUUAUCAACGAACUAGAUCCGAACGGCAAGGAAGACAUUGGGCUGCCAAAGAACGAGACAUGGCCAAAGUACGACCGAACGGCUGGUGGAGGCGUGGGGAGGAACAUUGUGUGGGAUUUGGACGGCGCAUUCGUUGAGAUGGAUGACUGGCGGGCCGAAGGGAUCAACUGGAUGAUUGAGAACGCCAUGACCGUCUUUGGGACGUAA